CCGGAAGCUGCUAACAGCUAGCUUGUUGUUCUGGUGUGUGAGGAGAAUAUUUGAGGCUCUGCAGUAAAAAUGUCUUCACUUCAGUCUCUGGGAGAGUUGAUCAGCUAAAGCGACUAACUGCUGCUGCUGCAGAAAUCUUCUCACCAGGCUGUGGAAACUUUCUUCUCCUCCUCAACAACUUGGUGGAGUUCUUUCCAGAACCAGAGAAGAUAUUCUGCGGUCUUCGUGACAAUCGGAGCUCCAGAAUCAGGUUGUGGCUGUUAGCUAAACACGGCUAAAGAAAACCUGCUACCACUUCAGGAUCAUCCAUCAGCUGGGACUGAUUCAUCGUGUGUUCUUCACCACCUGGACCUGGACAGCAUGGACACAGACGUUCAACAGGGGGUUCAGGUUAAAGAAGAAGCUCCUGAAGAACAGAGUGCUGGUGUGGACCUGCAGGACCCAGAACACCUCCACAUAAAGGAGGAACAGGAGGAGCUCUGGACCAGUCUGGAGGGAGAGCAUCUCUGUUUGAAGGAGGAGCCUGAUGCUGCCAGGUUUCCAUUCACUGUUGCAAUAAAGAGUGAGGAUAAUGAAGAGAAACCUCUGUUCUCACAGCUUCAUCAACAGCAAAUAGAAGACAGAGAUGUUCCAACCAGCAGCUCAGCUGACCAGGUGGCAGCAGAGACUGACGGGGGAGCAGAAACUAGCAGGAACCCUGAUCUGAACCCUCAUGAACAGACAUCUGAUUCUUCAGACCCUGAAGUUAGUGAAGAGGAUGAUGAUGAUGUGACUCUAGACUCUGAGCUGUCAGACUCUAGACCAGAAACUGGAGAUGGAGACAAUAACUGGAUUGCAAACAGUUGUUCUGAGUCAGAUGUCAAGACUGUCAACAAAUCGUUUAGUUGCCCUGAGUGUGGUAAACAAUUUGUCCAUAAGUGGUCUCUCCAGAGGCAUGUGAGAGUGAGUCAUUCAGAAAUAAGGUCUUCAGAAUGUUUGGUUAGUAAGAAGUGUGUUAGAAUGAAGAAGCAUGUAGACUCAUGUAGGGAAGUCCAUACAAAGCUUACAUCAUUUAGUUGUGAUGACUGUGGAAAGAUGUUUAGAAAUAUAUCAAGUUUUAACAUUCACCUGAGAGUCCACACAGGACAGAAUGCUUUUGCUUGUGAGCUCUGUGGAAAAAGAUUUAGCCAAAAGACACUUUUAAACAGACACAUGAGAGUCCACACUGGACAGAAGCCUUUUGCUUGUGAGUUAUGUGAAAAAAGAUUUAGCCAUAAGACACAUUUAAAUAGACACCUAAUAGUCCACACAGGACAGAAACCCUUUACCUGUGAGCACUGUGGAAAAAGAUUUAGCCAAAAGACGCAUUUAAACAGACACAUGAGUGUCCACACAGGACAGAAGCCUUUUGCCUGUGAGCUUUGUGGAAAGAAAUUUAGCCAGAAGACUAAUUUAAACAGUCAUAUGAGUGUCCACACAGGACAGAAGCCUUUUGCCUGUGAGCUUUGUGGACAAAGAUUUAGCCUGAAGUCAACUUUAAACAGUCACUUGAGAGUCCACACAGGACAGAAGCCUUUUGCUUGUGAGCUCUGUGGGCAAAGAUUUAGCUAUAAGGCAACUUUAACCAGUCACAUGAGAGUCCACACAGGACAGAAGCCUUUUGCUUGUGAGUUAUGUGGAAAAAGAUUUAGUCGACAGAAAACUUUAAACAAUCACCUUAGCAUCCACUAGGGCUACAGGAUAUAUUAUGUUCUGAUUCAAAUUGUGAUUUCAAACAACACGGACACGUGAUUGAUAAACUGCAUUUUUUUGUAGUGCUACUUCUGACUCAGGACCUGCUAUGUUUACUAUUUUUGACAUCCAGGUUUUUCCAUGGUUUUUAAGUUGUUAGUGAUAGUAAUGAGUGAGAGUGGGGGUGGGGAGUUUUGGGAGCUAAUCCCAAUUGUUGAGCUGAUGAAAUAGCACAUUUGGUGUUUUUAUUUAUUUAUAAAACACUGGUACAUCUGAUAAUAAUGUCUAUGGGCUUCCGUUUUCUGCCCCCCACUCAGCUCCAUUCAUGAGUGUAAGACAAAGAGACUUAUUAUACAGCUUCCUGCCAAAGUGGAACAUGAUUAAACAUAAUAAUGAGUGGACUUGAAAGCACAACUUCCCUUUUUUUAAUUAACUGGUCAGAGGGAAAAUUACUUUGAAAGAAAUUGUGAAAAAAAAAAAAAUUCUAUAACCAUAGCUAAAAAAUUGGAUUUCCAAAGGUGGAUUUUUAAAAAUGUUUUGAUGUUUUGAAAUAGCACAACUAAAAAGAUAGCUUCCAGUAUGAUUGCUACCCAUCUACCUUUUGACCGCACUAGUGCAGCAGUUUUCCACUACCUCAGCAUGUUGCUAUGGUAGUAAAUCAGGAGGUUACUGAGGUUCUGCCAGUCUCGGCAGGAUAUAUUGUUGGAAUAUGUGGAUUAUCUUUUAGAUCCAACCAUUGAGCAUGUCGUAGCUUUCCCAAAUGACUUAUUUUCUCUUUACUGGAGCUAACACUGUUAGCCAUACUGCUGCAGUCACACUAACAAGACUUGUUGAUCUUGGCACGAGUUCAGGAGGAGUGUUACAGUUACAGGAUGGUUAUAUAGUUGAAAUUUAAAAAAAUCUUGGCAAAUAGGACUUACCAGCCCAGUGGUCUGUGCAUUAGCUUUGCUCUAAAUGGUCACUUCAUAUCUGACCACAGUUUGCUAUGGCCCGCCUCACAAGCAGUUCAGUUCAAUUCAGUUUAUUCAUUUUAGCGUCAAAUCACAAAAAGAGUCUUCUCAAAGCACUUCACAAAGUAAACAUUCCAGUACAGUUCAGUUCAUUAGUUCAUGGGACAGCAGUUGCUCAGAAGGAAGAGCGGCUUGUCCAAUAAUCAGAAGUUAAUCCUGGCUCCGACCAAAGAAUGCUGCUGUUGUGUCCUUGGGCAAGACACUUAACCUCCCUUGCCUGCUGGUGGUGGUUAGAGGGACUGACGCCACCAGUGUUUGGCAGGCCUCGUCUCUGUCAGUGCGCCCCAGGGCAGCUGUUGUUACAUCAUACCUCAUCCCCACUAGUGUGUGAAUGGUUGGAUGGAAU